CAGCAAGUGGCCACCACAUACAAUUAUUUGGCAUGUUGGGCUGCUGAAUUGACAUUUCGGGUGACUUACACGACGAACGGCAGGACCCGAUCAGGCCUCCGUGGGUGAACCCCGCUGUCCCGCAUUUCAGGCUGCGUCCGGACUCCGCCAUCCGCUUUUGUUCCCGUUGUCUGGGUCCAUUUCCCCGUCUCCAUUCUCUCCAUUCUCUCCGCUGCCAACACGGGAGUCCCGAGUCAGUUCAAGAGGCCUCGUACCCCACUAGAUCCAUCUUCCUUAUAAGAGCUCCAUCCUUGCCUGCGUGGCCUUGACCUGUCAUCCUGAACGGUCCCGCAUCUGCUCCCCUGCCGGUCCAGGGCUGACCUAACAACUGACAGCUUCAAGAGCUCUACCCAACCCAACGCUAUCGACCUACAACUCGAAACACGCGACAAACCCUCGAACGCUUUCGAACGCUGCGCCCACGCAGCUACCGUCGGUCACCAUGGGCGCCUUCGACAAUCUGUUGCUGACCCUCGACGAGGGCAUCACGGAUUUCUUUGCGCAAUGGAACAUGUACACCACCAUCAUCGUCACUGCCUUCAUCGGCUUCAUCACCUACCAGAUCUCGACACGAAAGGACCCCGAUACCCAUCCCAUGCUCCUUGUCCGACAGUCUCAAGGUUCCCCCGUUCGACAGCCCGGCCAGUCUCCCGUAUACCGCGGCCAGUCUGCCCCCCAUGGCAUGCCUCUUCAGACCGGUCUGAACGUCAAGGAUCCCGGUGCCUCGCGCUGGGCAAGAGGACGCGAUGGUGAUCUCCGCGAUAUCUGGAGGCAAGCUGUGGGCGGCGUCCAGGAGGACGGCCCGAACAAGGGCGCCAAGGGCAAGAUCCUCAGUGUUUUCGGCACCGAACAUGUUACAGAGCACUCGCUGGACGAUAUCACGCGCCAGAUCAACCUGAUCGGAGGACACAUCAAGGAGCAGGGCGGCAGUCGUGUGGCCAUCUACAUCCCCAACUCCGUCGAGCUACUUGCGGCUCUCUUCGCCUGCGCCUUCUAUAACCUGACGGCCGUCAUUCUCCCCUUUGAGCAACCGGAAGAAGAUGUUAUUUCCAUGUUGCGCCGGUCUGGUGCUGACACUGUCAUCACUGCCCCCGGUUCUUUCCCCUUCGACCUUGUUGCUAAGCACUACCCCAACCUCCGCCAGCUGAUUUGGAUUGUCGACGAGGGCAGCAGGCACAUGGACUGGAACGAAGUCCCCGAGGGCACCGGCAGCAGCGUCAAUGUUUCUACCUGGCACGAGAUUAUCGGCGACAGCCCCGCCGCCGCUGGCCGUGAGCUUCCCCCGCUUGAAGGUCAAAAGGAGCCCAGCGAUGUCAUCCUCUUCUGGCAGUUCAAGUCCGGUAUUCCAUCCGAAAUGGUUACGUUCACAGCCGGUAACUUCGCCUCUGCCAUCGCUUCCCAGCUCUUUGCCAUCCCGACCUCCCAGAAGAUGGGUCCAUCCGAUCUCUUCCUCCCCGCCGACUCUCUCGCCAACAGCCACACCCUCGUCCUGACCCUCGCCGCACUUUUCUCCAAUGCCUCCGUCGCCCUGAACUCCGUCGGAACCCAAGCCUACGACCUCGCCGCCGCGACCCGCGGCAUUUCGCCCACCAUCCUCGUCGCCACGCCCACCGCCCUCGUCAAGACCCACCAGGAGACCGCCAGCAACUUCUCCUCGCUCAUCGCCCGCAACCUUCACUGGCUGCAGACCCGCCACCUGACCCAGUACGGCGUCAUGCCCACCGCCUCGUUCCUCUCGUCCUACUACGACAGCCUUCGUCCUUCCAUCGGUACCAAGCCCGGCAAGCUUCGCUUGAUCCUGACUGCUGAGCGUGUGGGCGCGGACACGCCUCGCUUGUCGUCGCAGGUGUUGUCGGACCUCAGGGCGUACACUGGUGCGCGCAUCAUCUAUGCGCUGACGGCUGCCAAGGUGGCCGGCGCGGUGGCGCAGACGCUGUUCUAUGAUUACAGAGUGUUUGAGGAUAAGUGUUCGCACUUUGGACCGCCGUUGAGCAGCACGGAAGUGUUUUUCAAGGAUAUGGGGGAGUAUAAGACUACUGAUGGUGUUAGUAGGGGAGAGAUUGUUGUCCGGGGACCUUCCGUCUCUGGCGGCGAGACAGCGCUCGGCGUGGCUGGCUAUAUGAGAGAUGAUAACACGCUGGCAUAUGCUUAAGAGACAGGAUGAAAGUUUUAGAGAUCCCGAUGUAUGCUAGCCUGUAUACAGGAAUGUUCAAGUAUUAGAUGCGCUGGUAGUUGUGGUCAAGGAGCCUGAUCCCUCGGUUUUGAAAUAGAAGCAUCUUCAAGGAUUGAAGUUAGUCAGUCACCUCAACAGGCAUCUCUACAACGUCACGACAUUUCAGGGCAUUAGGAAGACUGA